AGAGUGAUGGGACCAUCUUGCCCCUAACCAUGGGUAAUUUAGUAAAGUGCAGAUCUGAGGGGGAUUGGACCAUCCACCCCAAGUCAUGGACCCCAGAAUAAAGAUCAUCAUAGAACAGGAAGCGGCUGUGGUCAUCCAGGCUUGGUGGCGGGGUACCCUGGUACGCCGGACACUGUUGCACGCAUCCCUCAGAGCUUGUGUCAUUCAGCGCUGGUGGAAGCAGAUGCUGGUGAAGCUGGUGGAGAAGAAGAGGCGACUAUCCCUAGAGCUCUAUGCACAGCAAGAAUGGGCAGUGGUCAAGCUGCAGUCUUGGGUCCGCAUGUGGCGCUUACGCCUUCGUUACUGCCGUUUGCUCCAUGCAGUGCGCAUCAUCCAGAUCUAUUGGCGCUGGCAUAUUUGCCGAACGCGUGGCUUUAUUCAGGGCCAUUACAACCUCAAAGAAAGCCAACUAAAUCUUCAACUUGAAAUCUCUUUGGGCUUACAGGCUUGUAAAGUGCAACAGUGCAUAUCCCUUCCAGUAAAUGAAUGAUCAGGUCUGCUA